GCACAAAUAUGAGCAGUUCUGCUCAAACCUUCAUCGUCCAGGCUUGCGCAAAAAUCUCCUGUCGACCCCCUACGAUCUGUCUGCGCAGAUAGAGCGUUGUGUGUGGGUCCACCGUCUUGUAAGCCAGCAGGCCAGUUGACUGGCGGUGUGUUGGUUUGCGACUGCAUGCGCAAGUUUUCGUUGCCUGUGAAAACACGGCGUUCCGAAGAAGCUUGAUGCAUGUUUCUUAUGGUAAUGGUUGGUGAUGAUGUAGGCAGCAGUAAAGGUUAAGUAACGGGUGCACAGUGUUUACUGUAUUUGAUGUGCCACGCCUGUCCUUUUUAUAACAGUACUUCGUGUGAAAUUCAGUAUGGAUCGAAUAGAAGACACAAUUUCGGCUAUAUUAAACGGCCUCGCGGCGGAUGAAACGCAAGAUUAUUGCGAUUUUACAUUGGAGGAACAAAACGAAGCAAGUGCUGCCAAGGGAAUAACACCAUGUGUAUCAUCGGACUAUGUACCUCUAGUGAAAUCUACAGUAACGUACAUUGUUAUUGGAGUGCUCAUGAAUGAAGAGGGAGAGAUCCUGAUGAUGCAGGAAGCCAAGAGUUCAUGUUAUGGCCAGUGGUACCUACCUGCAGGACGGGUUGAACCUGGGGAAGAAAUAGAGGAAGCAGUGAAACGUGAAGUUUUAGAGGAAACUGGAAUUAUAAUGGAGCCUAAAUCAUUGCUGCUUGUUGAAACUGCAAGUGGAUCGUGGUUUCGAUUUGUUAUUGUGGGUGACAGCAUUGGUGGUGAACUGAAGACACCAGAUAAGUCUGAUGAUGAAUCAUUACAGGCCCAGUGGGUGAAAGAUGUAGAGAAGCUCUGUCUUCGAUCUAGUGACAUUGUGCCUAUAAUUGAGCGAGCAAGAGCAUACAACAAAAGUCCACCUGAGCCAUGGCAUGGUAAAAUAUUACCAGUCAUAAAAGGUCAUCAGAAAUUGUUAUUACGUCUCCUGGUCUGCAUUAAAAAAAGGAGCAAUAAUCGUCUUCACAUAUUGCUGUCAGAGAAAAAUGAUAUACAUUUACCACUCUGUGAAAUAAAUCCAAGGAAGAGCUUACACUCAAUACUGAAGACAUUUAUGACAGAAAUAUUUGGUGCAGAUGUGGCACCACACAAGCCACAUGGAGUGUUAAGUGUUGAAUUUUCGGGCAGACCUGAAGGUAUAAAUGACGGAGUUUGCCUUACCAUUCUUGUUUCAUUUCGCAAACCUCUUGAAGAAGUUGGUAUAAUAGACAAAUACACAUGGCUUGAAGUUUCAGAAACAUUGGGCAAUGAAAUCCUUAAUAAGCUUCCUAAGAAUAUGGUUACUCCAUUAAAUGUAAUUCGAUGAACUUGUGUUAAAAUAAUUAUACAAGACCUAUUUAUCAUGUAUGUGUGUCUUUUCAUUAAUAAUCAUUACUGUUUCAUUAACAAUUUUAUCAGGUUACAUUGGUAAAAUAUGAUAUGUAUUGUUCAGUUUCUUUAAAUUUUGAACAUGCAGACACAAUUUAACACGAAUGUUAGUACCUGCAUAAAAUGAAAAAAAGCAUCCAGAGGAGAUUUUAUGGGUGAAAAGAAAAGAAAGAUAGAAGUUCCAUUAAACGAAAGAUGGAAAUUAAAGUAAUUGUAUAAGUGCAUUGAGGUUUAUUGGACAAAAAUGAAAUGUGACAAAUGGUGAGAGAAGAAGAUAAGUCAUGACAGGAUUUGCUGUAGAUUAAAAUAAUGUAUGCAGCUAUGAUGAUUCAAGUUCCUAGAAUAGGUGCUGUAAGGCAGAGAAUUAUAUGUAAUGAAAAUCAGCGUGGCCUGUGGAAAAUAACCACAUGAAAUGUAUUUAGUGUGUGUGUGUGUGUGUGUGUGUGUGUGUGUGUGUGUGUGUGUGUGUGUGUGUUUUCAGCAUUUCACAUAAUGUGUAACUCAUUCUAUGACUCUAAUCAAUCCCACAGUGAAGUUUUCAUUUUGGCAUCAGGAUCUCUGUUUUGGUGGAUACCGUUGCUUCUAUUUCAUUGAAGCUUGCUAAUAUUGCAGACACUAUGAUUCCAAAAGCUGGUUAAUUCCGUAUGUGGUCUCUCACAUUGAUGUUCAUAACUCACAAAACUGGGUAAUAUUUUACAUGGUAGCCUUGUAUUUCAAUGUUUCACAUAGUCUUAUAUAUGCUACAUUCUUUUAUAGAAAACUUUCCCAUAAUGGACAUACAGUAUUCACAUUGUAACUGAGCAUUUGUAAGUCACCCCUCCCCCUUUUACUCAUUCUUCCCUAUCUCCAGCCAUCUGCAGUUAGGUUUCAUAAAAAGCAGUUAGUUAUAUUUGCAGUUCAAAGUUCCCCGUAUACACAGCAUUUUACUAUAAGCGUCACUUUUUCACUAAAUCAGUCACCGCUGUGCACACUUUCAUGUAAUGGAAUUCUUAUUAAGUUGAUUUUGUAUAUUUUUAUAUUUAUUGUGUAGUUUGUGAGGUGAGCAUAUUUCCUGCAAAACACAGUGCCACUGCACAUUGUCUUUCACUUUGUGAAGUCCCUAUGCAAGACAAACCCCAUCAUGACACAUUCCAAGUAUUAAGUUAUAUUUAUUUGAAAGCAUAUUAACUAUUUUAUUAGUUUGUAUUUUAUGUAAUGAGAUUAAUGCAUUGUCUAUUGAAAAUUUGUAUAUUUGUUAAAUUUUUUGAGAAUAAUGUUUGAUUUUUUAUUCAUUGUUAAUUGUUUGAUUGUGAUUGUGAUUUUUAUGUCAUCACCAUUUUGUAAUUACAACAUAACAUGAAAAACUAAGCUGUUGCUGUACUCACUGUACAUACUGUGUAAAUCUUCUUUGGCUUAUAACUUAUUGGUAACAUUGCAAUUAAUUGUGGUUGUCGGGACAUUAAUAAACAUUAUAUGCUGUUCACAGAGUGUGACUACUGGGUUCUUAAAUCAGUAAAUGUGAUUGUUUUGUAAUCAUUAUAAAGUCUGAUAUUCAAAUAAUACUGUGAAUCUCUAUUAAAUAAAAUUGCAUGUAGAACACAAUGUUGUGAAGCAUUGGUGUGAAUAUAGUGAAUAAAGAAAACCAUAUGUUUAAGAAAGAA